GCGCGUGAUGACUGUAUAAGGUGCGCCUGUCUGUCGCCUGCAGCUGCCGCGGUGAAGAUGGCAGACGCUCUGAGCAAAGUUCCUGAUGUCGACAUUGAUCCGGAGGGAAAGUUUAAAUACAUAUUAGUGAACAUAAAGGUUAAAGGUGGAGCGGAACAAAAAGUGAUAGUUAGGGGAACUAAAACUGCGGAGUACCACAAUCACAUAUUUGAAAAAGUAAAUCCUGCUAUGGAGGCCUUGGGACUGGAGUGUAAUUGUCUUGGUGGUGGCAAGAUUGAGCACAGCAACACAGACAAGAAACUUCGGGUGUUUGGAGAGUCUACGGGAUAUGGGAAGGCUGACCAUGCUGUCACGGUGGAAAAGCUAAAAUCGGUCUUCAAAGACUAUGAAAUCACAAUGGAAUAAAAAAGUGUAAAUUGAUCACUUUAAAUUUGUGGACAUGAACAUUUUUUUUUGAAAGUAUACAAUUUGGUAACACUUUAGUUAUCCCUCAUUUUCAUUUGGAUAAAAAAAAGUUCACUGUUCUGUCAGCAGUUUUGAAGUUGAGGUUAGAUCACUGACCUUGAUAGCAAGGUCUAACCUGCACAGGAACUGUGUAUGUGUUUUGCAGAGGGAUAAACAUAUCCAGUCUCCUGUCUCCAUCACGGAAUGUGUCAGUGUGGAGAUCAGGGACAGAUAAAAGAGGGUCUGUAUGACUCAUAGUAAGUCUAGUUAACUUGUUACCAGCAUUAAAACACAAGCAUACACAUUAGUUUGGAUUUAUAUUUGAUGAGACUGUUUUUACCAUGAUAAUUAAAUUUUACAGGCCCAUUGUUGUGUCAA